GACAGCAUCCGGUCUUAAGGCUGGCUAGCUCUGGCGGAACAGCAGCUUACGGCGAAAUUAUCCACUUUACACCCCGAGGGACAGAAAAGAUAGCCUCAUCAGGUCCGAUCAUCAACAAUGGACGUGUUUUUUUGUCGAUUUAUCUUGUGUUCUCGGUGUGUCGGUGGAGACCAGCUCGGCUAGUUAGCGCAGCUGGCAAACUGGCCGAUUAAACCCCGACAAGUGCCCGGCUGCUUGUCUGUGUAGGUGACGGAGGUAAAAUGUAAAAAGGAGGAAAUAAUUAACUCUUUAUCUAAAAAAAGAAAAAGCUUUACCGUAAAGACACCAGAACAAGAGCUGGUAUUAACCAGGGCUUCUCUGGACUUUUGGUUUAGUUAGUUGGUUGUAGAUUGUGUGGACUAAGUAAACGAUCUGAGUGGGAUUAUAAACACAGUAAUAAGACGCAUAAGACAGGGACUGUUACCACGGCGCUUCUUGCUUUGGUUUACAGUUUAUUUUGAAGAUGACAUUGUGUUUUGUAUAAUUGAAAACGCCGAUUACCGAUUCGGUGAAGACUACAUCUUGAAAGCAGAAUUGUUGCCGUUUUCAUAUUUAGAUCACUGGGUUCAUUUGACUUAACGGGUUUGCUUUAGUGUAACGUUAGUCCUUUGGAUGGCAACGUGUCACACGUCCUGUGUACAGCAGGUCCGGGUGACAGCUUGGAAAAGUAAACAGGUGUGACAGACCAACCUGCGCGCAGCACUUGGAGCAAAUUUGCACUACAGCCAGUGUCUGAUGCAUCUCUAUCAGGUACACCUAGAUAUCUGGUUACUUGAAAUAACAUUCCUACAAACAUAUUUAAUUACAGUUUUGACUCUAGGUACACAGUCACUCUUUGGCUCAUAGGUGUUUGCUGAGAAAGACAGAUGGCGUGUAAGUGGCCAAGUUUGAGUAACAAGCUACGAUUGUGUUGUGAUGCUAUUCAUAACCACUGAUGAUGAGAAAUAACGUUAAUGAGAUGGUGUUGGUUCAUGUUUCUUUGGUGUUCUUGUUAGUCGACACUGUUUGGUUAGGGCAGUGGUAAUGACUAGAUAUUUGCUCAGUGACUGACUGAGAGCCAAGCUGUAGUUGUACGCAUAUUGCUGUGUUCUCGCCCCCCCCCAAAAAACAAUGCCGUCUUUACCAUUUUCACUGGUGUUGCUCGGAGCAUUAUGCAGUCUCGGACAGGCCAUGUCACGGGAGGAGAAGCAAAGGUUGAGGAACCAAGUGGUUGAGAUGUUUGAUCAUGCGUAUCAGAAUUAUAUGGACCAUGCGUACCCAGCAGAUGAGCUGAUGCCUCUGACAUGCAGAGGAAGAGUACGUGGGCUUGAACCCAGUCGAGGCGACAUAGACGACGCUCUGGGAAAGUUCUCUCUGACCCUCAUAGAUACCCUGGAUACUCUGGUGCUUUUGAAUAAGACGACAGAGUUUGAGGCGGCAGUGAGGAGAGUCCUAUCAGAUGUGAGGCUGGAUAAUGACAUUGUAGUGUCGGUCUUUGAAACCAACAUUCGAGUCCUUGGAGGUCUGUUAGGAGGGCACUCCAUGGCUGUGAUGCUGAAGGAGGAAGGUCAGCACAUGCAGUGGUACCAGGAUGAGCUCCUGCAUAUGGCCAAAGACCUGGGCCUCCGACUGCUGCCGGCCUUCAACACCAGCAGUGGCCUGCCUUACCCCCGGGUGAACUUGAAAUAUGGUGUCAGGGGUCCUGAGACGAGAACAGGCACAGAAACGGACACUUGCACUGCCUGUGCAGGAACCAUCAUCCUGGAGUUUGCUGCCUUAAGUCGCUUCACUGGGGAUCCUGUGUUUGAGGCCCAUGCCCGGAGAGCCUUGGACUUUCUGUGGGAGAAGAGACAGAGGAACAGCAAUCUGGUGGGAACCACCAUCAACAUUCACUCUGGAGAGUGGGUCCGAAGAGACAGUGGAGUCGGAGCAGGAAUUGACUCAUACUAUGAAUACCUGCUAAAGGCCUACAUCCUCUUGGGAGAUGACCUGUUUCUGCAGCGGUUCAAUAUUCACUAUGCAUCUAUAAUGAAGUACAUUAGCCAGCCUCCUCUGCUGCUCGAUGUCCACAUCCACAAACCUCUGCUUCCUGCACGCACCUGGAUGGACUCUCUGCUGGCUUUCUUCCCUGGACUGCAGGUGUUGAAAGGAGAUAUCCGUCCUGCUAUCGAGACUCACGAGAUGUUGUACCAAGUUACCAAGAAACACAACUUCCUCCCAGAGGCCUUCACUACUGAUUUCAGGGUACACUGGGCCCAACAUCCCCUGAGGCCUGAGUUUGCGGAGAGCACCUAUUUCCUUUACAAGGCCACAGGAGACCCUUACUACCUGGAGGCAGGUCGCACCAUCCUGGACAACCUCAAUCGCUUUGCUCGUGUUCCCUGCGGCUUCGCUGCAAUGAAGGACGUGCGCACUGGCAGCCACGAGGACAGAAUGGACUCGUUCUUCCUGGCUGAGAUGUUUAAAUACCUGUUCCUGCUGUUUGCUGAUGCGGAGGACCUACCUUUUGACGUGGAGGACUACGUCUUCACAACCGAGGCACAUCUGCUGCCUCUGUCCCUCUCUGCGGCUUCUCAGUCGUCAUUUACUACCUCAAACAGAACGUCAGAGGAGGAGCUGGACGACUCUAACUUUGACUGGACCUGCCCUAACACCCGCCUCCUGUUUCCUGAUCCCGCCUUCCCUCGUAACCUGAGAGAACCAAUACGUAGUGCUGUGGACAAGAGCUGCCCCCGUCCUGCUCCUUACCGGGAGCCUGGUAUGGGCCGUCCUCCCCUGAGGGCUCAGGACUUCAUGGCAAACAACCCUGAACAUCUGGAGCUGCUGAGGAGGAUGGGAGUCAGUCUCAUCCACCUGAAAGAUGGCAGGGUGCAACUAGUCCAGCAUGCUACACAGGCGGUGAGCGCGGUAGCAGCAGAGGACGGCGUGCGUUUCAUGCAGGAGAUGAUGGAGCUGUCCAGCCAGCAGCAGAAAGAGCAGCUGCCUCCCAGAGCCAUUCAGAUUGUCUCACAUCCGUUCUUUGGCAGGGUUGUUCUGACCGCCGGCCCAGCGCAGUUUGGCACAGACCUGUCCAAAAGUUCCACAGGGGUACGAGGCUUUGUGACUGUGGCUGAACCCUACAGCGGCUGUUCUGAGAUCACCAAUGCUGAGUACGUCCAGGGCCACAUCGCUCUUCUCCAGAGGGGUCAGUGCAUGUUUGCAGAAAAGGCCCGACACAUCCAGAAGGCUGGCGCCAUCGGAGGCAUAGUCAUCGACGACAAUGAGGGCAGCAGCAGUGACACAGCUCCCCUGUUUCAGAUGGCUGGGGAUGGCCGCAACACAGAUGACAUCACCUUGCCUCUCCUCUUCCUCUUCCACAAGGAGGGCAACAUCCUGCUGGAGGCGCUGAAGGAGUACAGGGAGGUGGAGGUGCUGCUGAGCGACAAGGCCAGAGACAGAGGUGUAGAUGUGCAAGAAGCAGAGGAGGACUGCUUAACUGAGGCAACAACUCCCACCUCAUUUGAACCCACCAGCCAAACGCAAAUGAGCACGGUGGAACUAGACGAAUCUGCUUCAGAGGAGGUUUCUCCAUCACAGGAGGAAGCCAGUCCUGUAAGUGAAGAAACUAGUCCUGCGGAAGAAGUUAGUCCACCGGAAGAGGAAGCUAGUCCUGCAGAGGCAGAGUCUGAUUCGGCUCAGCCUCCAGAGGAGAGAGACUCUGACAGGAGAGAGGAGUCUGAGGGCGACACAGACUCAAGCAGCCAAUCAGUGGAUGAGCUGCUGGCUGAUUGGCGGGAAGACUUGGAGGCUUUCCAGCAGAUGGAGAAGGAUGAGCUCUGACAGGCGUCGGACGUGUCGUACCCUGUGACUGUGGUUUGAUCCCAUCAUGGGGAGAGCCCCAGAGGGAGCGCAUCUUCACACCAGCCUCAAUCUGACGAACUCAUAGGAAGCUGGGGAGAUGUCUUUCGUGACUGUUUCUUCUCUUACCCUCUGUGAAUGGUACCACGUGCCAAGGUCAACGCACAUACUGUAUCUCUGGACCAUAAGGAAGUCCUUUUUAGCCUGGUAGAUGAUGGAUGAGAGACCAGGGUUCUUACCUCACUUUCUCAUGCAGUUUCUGUUAUUCUGUCAUAACAAAACCCAAUGAAUGACACGGACCAGACUGUAUGUAACAGUGGCUCACUUUCCAGUCAAAAUUACUUCUCAUAUUGUUGUUCUCUAUGCAUUUCUGCCUCCUUUUGCUUAAAUGAAUGCUGGUCCAACAACUACGUUCUGACUAAUCAAUCCUUCGACCAAUUUUAUUGAAACGUGAUGAUUAUUUGUGAUGAUACGUUUAUUGUUUUCAUGGUCUUGGGCGUAAUCAUAUGUGUACUCGCUGAUGUGAGUUAAAGACUUAAUUCACGUUGGGAUCUGUAACGUCAAAUUCAGCUGCAGGAUCUUUUUAUGGCUUUAUCGUAGACAAACUCAGCACCAAAUUAAUCUCUCUAGAGGUAUAUGACGUCAUCUGUCAGUGUAAACAUGUAUUUGUCAAGAUAUAUUGACGGAAACAAUAUGGCGCUGUUCGCUCAGGUUCUGGUUCUCCUCAAGAACAACAACCUCUGGACCACUUAGGGGUGGAGCAGGCACACCCUCAGAAGCGUAGUGGGAUGGAUUACACACCCGCAGACUGCCACAGGAGGGCGCUAUAUGAUCUGUCUGUCAUGCUGUAGCUGCUGACUGACUGGAAGGAGCAGAAAUAAGCCAAUAAAUGAACAUGUUGAAAUUAAAUAAAAAUUGAGAGAUAAAUGGGGCAGACUGACUUGAUUCUUUGAGUUCAUGUUAGUUGAACACUGAACGUUUGGUUUAAAUUUGGGUUUUAAAUUUUGAGUUUACUAUAUUAGAAUGAAGGCAUGUUUGAAUCCAGUAAGAGUUUCAUUUUUGACUAAAGUGUUAUACAACGUUUUAAUAAUGUAAAAUAUGAAUCUAUAGAGUAGUUAGCACAUGCCAUGUCUGUGGGGUUUUCAGGGGGGAACAGUAUGAACAAGUUCACUUUUACAAGAAAGGUGAAAAUGUCAUUUUCAGCUCAGUUCUUUUCCCACAGACAUGUUUCUGUAAACAGUGGGCGGACACCCACAUAAAAUCAGUUGAGUCAAUUGAUUUACAUCUGUAAUUGGAAAAUUCUCAGCGUGCACCAUAGCAUUACUGUCAAACUGAUUAAAGCUGUGGUGGAAGACGUACUCAUAUCUAUUAAUUAAGUAAAAAUAGAAAUAUUCAGUUACAAUUCACUGAAUCAUCUGUAUCAAAAGUAUUUGCUGGGCAUGGUGGGCCCUUUCAGAGUAUUAUUUUAGUAUGUGCAUGUUUAGUAUGUAAUAUAUCAAGUAACUAAAAAUAAACGUUUUCAGA